CUACUAACUGUAUCCAUGGUUAAUCCAAAGGCUGCGGGUUCGAGCCCCGCCCGAGAUGCUUUUUUGCCUUUUUUUGCGUCAUGCUCUCAAUGUGUUGUUGGUUGCAUGCUUCUUGUGUAAGAAGCGAUGGAGUGAGUGGACUGGUGAGGUUUGCUAGACAUGAGUUUUUGCUUGGUGGGGAGGCAUAUAAGAACAUUAAAGCUUCGCAGGAGCCCGUCAUCUAUCACACUUCGCAAGUCAUUCAUCAAGGAUAGUACAUCUGACUUGAAAUAAAGGUUGUUGUUGCUAGGAUUGUCUAUGCGCCGUGACA